AAAUCAUUAAAAUGCUGAAAGAAAACCUCUUCGUAAAGAAAUUCUAAGUCCUAAUGAAAAUCGAUGGGAGAUGAUUAGAGAACUCAAAUGCGCUGCUCAGCUACAGCCUACUGACAUGCCUACCGGCCCGUAUCACUCCGGUGCCGUCCGAGUCCAACCGAACAAUCGCGCGCCGUCUCCCCGCCCUCUACCGACACCUGGGCCCCCACAGCGCGCGCUCGUGCCGGACGAGCCGACGCCGAGACCUCCCGACCCGAGUCCCGAAGCCGCAAGGCUCCGGCUCCAAAUUAUUUCCGCCCCUCCCUCCCUCCUCCGCCGCCUAGGUUUGCCCCUUCGCGCAUCCACCCCUCCCAACCCCGCAACCCCUAACCCUAGAGCCCGCCCGCCGCUCGUCAUGGACCCCGACGGCGACCCGGCGUUCCACCGCAGCGAGGCCAUCUCCGCCGUCCAGGACGUUGACCAGUACUACGGCGAGGACGACGACUUCGACGAGCUCUACAACGACGUCAACGUCGGCGACGGCUUCCUCCGCUCCUCCCACGCGCCGCCGCCGCCUCAGCAUCCCCCGCCACCGCAGCAGCGGCAGCACCAGCAGCAGCAGCAACAACUCCCUACCCCGCCCCAGCCCCCGCCGCCGCCGCCGCCGCAGCAGCCACCGCCCCACGCCCUCCCGCCACCGCAGGCCCCGCCGCAGCAGAAUAUUCACGCUCCUCCUGUUUUGGCGCCGGCUCUGAGCCACCCUACCGUCCAGCCGAAUCCACCGCUGCCGCCUCAGCCACCGGCCGCUCCUGCGCCUGCGCCGCAUCAGCACCACCAGAUCCAGCAGGGAGACGGGUUCCAGCGCCAAGGAGGGAACUAUGGCGGCGGUCCCGUCGUGGUCGGAAACGGCGCCGCUGCCCGCGGGGGCGACGGCCCCGGUGGCACGACGCUGUUCGUGGGGGAGCUCCACUGGUGGACGACCGAUGCGGAUCUGGAGGCGGAGCUCAGCAACUAUGGGCUGGUGAAGGAGGUGAGGUUCUUCGACGAGAAGGCCAGCGGCAAGUCCAAGGGGUACUGCCAGGUUGACUUCUACGACCCUGGUGCCGCCACUGCCUGCAAGGAGGGCAUGAACGGACACCUGUUCAAUGGCCGCCCAUGUGUUGUGGCAUUCGCCACACCGACCACUGUGCGCCGCAUGGGUGAGGCACAGUUGAAGAAUCAGCAGGCCAUGACUGGACAGACAUCGUCUAUGCAGCCCAAGGGUGGUAGAGGGGGCGGUGCUGCUGGAGCGCCCCAGGUGGGUGGUAAUUAUGGUGGUGGUCGUGGAGGAGGUGGUGGACCUGGUGGUGGUGCAGGAGGAGGUGGUGGAAAUUGGGGGAGAGGUGGUGGAGGGAUGGGGCAUAGAGGUCCUGGCCGGGGGAAUAGAUUGGGUCCAGCAAGUGGCCGGGGGAUCAUGAGCAAUGUUGGCAUGGUUGCACCACCACCACCAAUGCUGGCUCCGGGGGGAAUGCUGGGUCAGGGUUUUGAUCCUACUGGCUAUGGCGCCAUGGGAAGGAUGGGUGGUGGAUUUGGCGGUUUCCCUGGUGGACCAGGAGCCGGUCCAUUUCCUGGGUUGAUGCAACCAUUUCCGCCAGUUGCUCCACAUGUAAACCCGGCUUUCUUUGGACGUGGCGGGAUGGGGGCUGGUGGGAUGGGGAUGGGGAUGGGGAUGUGGCCUGAUCCCAGCAUGGGGGGUUGGGGUGGGGAGGAACAAUCAAGUUAUGGGGAUGACGCAGCAUCUGAUCAGCAGUAUGGGGAAGGGGGAAGCCAUGGGAAGGAGAGGCCACCGGAAAGGGAGUGGUCUGGUGCAUCAGAGAGGAGGCGAGAGAGGGAGAAGGAUAUGCCCCCUGCACAAGAUUGGCCAGAGAGGAGGCACCGGGAUGAGCGGGAUAUGGGCCGAGAGAGGGACCGUGACUAUGACAAAGAGAGGGAAAGAGAUCGUGAUAGGGAGAGAGACAGAGACCGAGACAGAGAGAGGGACAGAGAUAAGGAGAGAGAUAGGGAGAGGGAUAGGCACAGGGAUGACAGAGAUCGCCAUGGUGAUUAUUACAGGCACAGGGAGCGUGAUUCAGAGCGCAAUGAAGAUUGGGACAGGGGGAGGUCAUCUGGGAUACGCAGCAGAUCGAGGGAAGUAGACUAUUCUAAGCGUAGGCGGAUGACGCCUGAGUAGUGUAGCUGGGCAAGCUACAUCCACUAUAGAGGCAACAUCGAUCCAGGGCAGCAUCUUUUUUUGCUUGCUGGCAUGGUUCAGCAGGAAUUAGCAAUUCCUUACUGAUUGUAGCCAUGGUGGAUUCUAACUGCAUGUGUCUCCGGCUAUGUGUCGUAGCAAUAAUCUGAGAUCUAUAUGCGGUUGGAAUCUGUUCGGCCACAUGAAGAUCGUCUUCCCUGGAUGAUAGUUGAUGCCUUGUAUUUUUAAGUUUUCCUAACAGUCUGGAACAAAGACAUAAAAAUCUAAUUAUGUAUAAUGCCUGCAUCGAUGAUAAACCGGUCUGUAUUAUGACCAUUGCUUUGCUUA